AUAAUUAAACGUUUUUAGAACGUAUGAUGGUUUCUUUGCAGAAUUGUCUACCUAAAUAGUGUCAAAGCUAACAUGUUGUUAAGCAUUAUUUUUAAGUAUCUCGGGAGUUGUAUUGGUAGCACUGUGUAUAAACGUCAUUGAGGAGACAAACGUUUCAAAACAACCGAGAGUAAAAUGCUAUUUCAUCGUUUACUUCAUUUUAGUUUCGAAGUAGCUGUGCAGAGAUCUCGGGGUGUGUUGGUGUUGUGCAGCGCAGUUGGUUGAGAGUUGUUGAAGUGACAUGGUUUUUUGCCUUAACUAGAAGGUGUACGUUAAUUAGUGCUGUGUUUUAACCUAGACGUCACACAAUUGGUAAUUUAAUUUAUCCUAACUAACCUGAAAGGUUUCAAGGACUAAUCUUUCAUCAAGAAAAUGAAGUUACUUUUAGUUCUCGAAGUGGUGUUCAUUGGUGCAGUGGUUUCAGAGAUCAAUACGAAAACUUCAUCCCUGCAGGACCUGCAGUCCAAGCUAAACACGUCGGCACUAAACAUCUCUGCGGUUGACAUCUCGAAACUCAAUCUCCCCAUCAACGCUUCCCAGAUCCCGAGCUCGCAAGACGUGGAGCAGGCUGCCAGGGAGAAAUGCGAAAAGCUCGGGGGCGUAGGCGCUUAUGAAAAAGCUUCGAUAGCUAAGGAUGAAGCAGUGGAGUGUGUGCUGUCUUUGGUGAAUGUCACGACGCUUCAGUCGGAAAUGGACCUGGCAAAGCCAACUGGAGACCUUGACAUAGUGUUCAAGAAGUACUGCCAGAAAUCUCCAAUUUUCCAAGAAUGCAUCUCGAACUUUACAACUUCCAUUGAGCCUUGUUUAGAGGAAGAAGAGAAGGAAAGCAAGAGGAUAAUCCACAACAUAACGUCAUCUCUGCUGAACUUCAUUUGCUUUAAUGAAGGUGAUCGUAUUGCACUGUUCAUCGCGGAAGGGGGCGUGGAGUGCUUGCAGUCCCAGAGGGAGGCCAUCCAGGACUGCCUCAACAAGACAGCCACCACAUACCUGAACUCUCAGGCACCUCUGUCGCUUGAAUCGCUGCCGUCGUUGGUGCUCCACGAGCAGGAAUGUCGGGACAUAAAGACUGUCCAGCAGUGCGUGGUGCGGAAGUUGGAGGGCUGCUCCCAGCCCACGCCCUCCAACAUCAUCAGCAGCCUGUUCGACUACGUGUGGCAGAUGACGCCGUGCCACAGCAUGCAGUCGGCGGGCUUCAAGGCUGACGGACAAUCCUCGGCCUUUGCGCCGCGCGCCGCCUGGGCCGCGGUCCUCGUCUCCUCCGUCGUCGCGGUCGCGACUGCCGGCAGCAGGCUGCUGUAACCGUGCCUGCGGACACUUGUCACACUCCCUUUGCAAGCUGUGAAACUCUUCAGGAGUUCGCAGUCAUGGUUAUUUACCUGCUUAAGACUCUGCUUCACCUCCAAUGUUGGGCGUCUACUUGUUUGUGUCAUUGGUUUCUUUCAAAGAAAAAAAUCCUACUGUUGUUUCUCUGCGUUAGGUAAUUUUUUUUUGCAAGAUAUACAUGCUACACACCAGCAAAAGUUUGGAGGAUUUCCAGGGGGUGUACUGCAGGAUUAUGAUUACCUAUUAACAGUUUGCAAGUAUGAGUGGGCCACCUCAGUGAGGUGAUUUUAAAUUCAAUGGGGUGGCAUGGGUUCCCUCCCCACCCCCCCUUGGAAGUAUUUCUGUCCAUGCUAGACACUCUAUUUGUAAAAUGUUAUAAGUGUCAAUGUUAGUAAAUUUUAUUUGAUUGUGUCAUCGUCAUGCUUCAUAAGGGCAAUGCAUACAAUUUAACUUUUUACAUAUUACUUUGUAACAAUCUAAAAUUAGUGAAAACCUUUAAAAGCUUAACAUUGGAGAUGAAACCGAGCCAUAAGAAGGGUUAUAUCUUUUGCCUUUCAACUGCAAACACAUUUAAUUUCUCCCUUUAAUAAAUUAGUAGCGAAAUCUGAAAUUUGGCAUCCUUGCAGAAAUGGUUCAAUAGUUCUACCUUAUGGGUGUUGUAAACCAUGCCUCUUAACUUGUAUAAUUAAUGCUCUACCUUUUCAAGGUCACAAUUUUUGUAAGUAGUAAGUGUAAUAGUUUUGGAUUUUGUAAUUAAAUUUUGAUGUGAAAAUCACAAUCUGUUCGUGGUUUACAUUCCAGAACUUAUGUUUUUUCGAAGUAAAUGCCAGCUUUAUGAUUGUGAAUAGAUGUAUUUUGGUUGAAAUGGAAGGCAUUCAUUAAAAUUAGUCACAUUUUUACCUUUUUUUUAUGGAGAAUACUUUGAUUUCUAGACUUAUUCAACGAACUCUGCAGUAUGUAAUGUAUUGUAUAUGUUCUAAAGAAUCUAUAUAGUCUUUUUGUUAAUACUUAAAUUGCUUUUGCAAUUACCUACUGCAGGCAUUUGUCAAAAAUGUAAAUGCAAGUUUCAAUUCAGUUUAAAAUAAGGCUCAUUUUGUUCACCUGUUAUUUUCCAAAUAGUGAAAGGUACUGUUUUAUUAUUGAUGUAUGUAUUAUAUUACCUGUUAAAACAAUCUCAUUCUGUCUUUGAGAUUUGCUAGUUGACCAUCUUCAGUUCAUACAUCAUAAUAGGAUUCGACGUGGCUUUUGUCGAUCUUAGUUUGUAUUGUUGUGCAGGUUAGCGAAUUAUUUGUAUUGAGUAUUUAUUUGUUGUAGUAAUAUUGCUAAGUUUUUGUGCCUGAAUUUUGUACAUCAAUAUAAUGAUUGUUUUUUUGUUAUAAUUGCACCAUUAUCCUUUGCUCUAUUAAAGAAGUAAAUUUCACAGUU